CUUGUAUACUAAUCUUUGUAUAAAAAAAAGUGAUAGCAUAAAUCUUUGUACCUAAUGCUUUAACGCGUAGACUUUUCUCCAGAAAAAAACGUGGCGGUGCCAUUGCAGCACAAAUCUUGAAAUUGUCCAUUCCUCAAACCCCCCAAAAGAAGUUGUGUGAGAUCAGACAAAGGAACAAGAGUUGUUUGAGCUGAAUCAAGAAUGGAUCUACCAGCAGAAGAGCUUCAAUUCUUGACUAUUCCUGAUAUUUUUCAAGAAUCAAUCUCCAUACCUAAGAGAUCUCCAAAAACAUUCUACCUUAUUACCCUUACUUUACUAUUUCCUUUAUCUUUUGCAAUCUUGGCUCAUUCUUUGUUCACUCAUCCAAUCCUUACUCAGCUUCAAGAAAACCCAAAUUCAUCUCAUGCUUCUCAAUGGACAAAGCUCAUUGUUUUUCAGUUUUUUUAUUUGCUUUUCUUGUUUGCUUUCUCUUUGCUUUCAACUGCUGCUGUUGUUUUCACUGUAGCAUCAAUUUACACUGCAAAGCCUGUGUCUUUUUCAUCUACCUUAGCUGCAAUUCCCAGUGUUUUCAAGAGGCUUUUUAUUACCUUCAUAUGGGUUUCUCUUUCUAUGUUGGCUUAUAAUACUGUUUUCUUGAUUUUUCUUGUGCUUCUCAUUGUAGCAGCAGAUACCCAGAAUGUGGUUUUGUUCCUUUUCUCCUUUUUGGUUGUCUUUAUACUCUUUCUUGUAGUUCAUGUUUACUUCAGCGCAUUGUGGCAUUUGGCCAGUGUGGUGUCUGUUCUUGAGCCUAUUUAUGGUAUAGGAGCUAUGAAGAAGAGCUAUCAGUUGUUGAAAGGGAAGACAGGAAUGGCAUUUUUCUUUGUUUUUGGAUAUUUGUCUAUUUGUGGGGUAAUUAAUGGGUUUUUUGGGUCUGUUGUGGUUCAUGGAGGUGAUAAUUAUGGUGUGAUUUCAAGGAUUUUGAUUGGUGGGUUCUUGGUUGGAGUAUUGGUGAUUGUGAAUCUUGUGGGGCUUUUGAUGCAAAGUGUGUUUUACUAUGUUUGCAAGAGCUACCAUCAUCAAGAGAUAGAUAAGACUGCUCUCUAUGAUCAUCUUGGUGGAUACCUUGGGGAAUAUGUGCCUCUGAAAAGCAGCGUGCAGAUGGAGAACUUAGAAGGCGGUCCCUCGACGCCAUGAUGGUGCAGAUGACAAAAUUGUGGCAGAGCUGUGGAGAUUCAGCUAGACUAUAGGCCUUUUUUUUUUUUCCUAUAUGUUGAAAUUCAUUCUCUUUUCUGAUAAAAAUUACAGAAACUUUUUAUCAUUUUAGUUCCACUAUUCAUUAGUCUUUAGUUUUUUUUCUGGUUCAAAAAGUACAUAGUACUAAUUAAGCUUUUUCUUUUAUUUGAAUUACUUAAAACUAUCUUAUU